AUGGAUGACAGUCCUGAAAAGGAGACGAGGAAACGUCCCCCAGACCCGCGUCAUAAGACUGCAGGUUCAUCUACUUCUAAGAAGAGAAGGACCGCGACAUCUACGGCCAAUAAGGAUGCAGCGGCGCGGACAUCAAUCGAAUCCCUGCCGCCAGAGAUGCUGGAGGACAUUUUGUCCAGGGUGUCUGUCGGUGACAUCAUCGCUUUCGGCGCGACCUGCCACGCCUUCCAUCACUUGAGCCUGAGCCCCUCCCUCUGGAGGACGCUGUGCCGUCGCCAGGCAAUCGGUCCGCGCCGUUCUACCAAAUCGCCCACCAACUGGAAGAGGACCGCUAUAUUGAAAUACAGCCAGGCCCUGUACCUGCAGACGCUGGGUGGCAGUGGCAUUGGUCGGGGGGCGCCCUGCGUGUCACGUGCCAUCACCCCUCCCCAGGCUCUGGGCUUCAAGCAGAUCCUGCCCACGUGCGAUAACCACUUCCUGUGGGAUGAUCAGGGCACUGUCUUCAUGCUGUACGACUCUGUGACGCUGUCCUCCAGCGGUCAGCUGGUCUGGAGUGAAGCCAGUCGCCACUCUGUGCUGUGCCACAAUGUCAAAGAUUUUACAGUGGACCCUCGCAGUGACGUGUCCCAUCGCCAGUACGUGUACGUCCUGGUUACUCGGCCACCAGCGGUCAUGGAGGGUGCCCCCCCCAGCUGGCAGGGACCCCUUGAGAAUGGCGUGACCCGGAAACGUUGCGACUGUGUGGAGAUCUAUCAUCAGUACAGUGGAGAGAGAGUAUUUCACAUGACCUUUCACCCCUCGCUGACCUUCACACAGCUCCGACUCAUGGGGCCAGAGGUCAACAGGACGCUGCUGCUGCUCACCGACUCUGGGAAGGUCUACACCGUCCCUCUGAAUGAAACCCAGCUGGACAGACCCCGCUCCUUCACAGUCCAGCUGACCCUCAAGGAGAUCAGCAAUUUGCUGCCUGAAUUGCCAGUCAAGCAGAUCCAUACCAGCUACAGCAGUGUCCUCUAUGUCACAGUUAACAGCUCAGUGUAUGUGGAAACACACUCUCCAGGAGUGCAUCGCCAGCUCUUUGGAACUCUCCAAGGGUUCAACACUCACAGUGGCCACACUCCUACACCUAUCCCCCUGCCUCACAAGGUUGUGAAGUGCUCUUUGGGCCUCAGCCACCUCUGUCUGUUGGAUGAAAGUGGGCAUGUCUUCAUGCAGGGCAGCAACAAUCAUGGGCAGCUGGGGACUGGGGACAAGAUAGACCGCAGAGAGCCCACCCAAGUUGUGCUGUCCCUUACUCCGGUGGAUGUGUGGUGUGGACUGAACCAUUCGCUGGCCCUGCUGCAGGGAGAGACGGGGGAGAAGGAGGUGCAGGGCUGUGGGUGUGGCCGAGGGGGCCGACUGCCAGGCUGGUCCCAGGGGAGCCCCGUGUUCGUGAGGCUUAGUGUGAAGGCUCCGCGGAGCACCCGUGCCCUCUGCUCCUCCAAAUACUACAUCUACCUGCUCUGUUGCCAUGACAUCGAGGAGCUCCCCCUGUUCUGCAGCCCCCAGCCAGCCGAGGGGAGGAGAGAAAGAGCAGAAGAGGAGGCUGAGAGGGAGGGGCUGCGGAGGUGCCUCUCUCAGAUCAGGGAGUGUGGCCUUCCAGAACAGCUAGCAAAGCUAAGGGAGGCUGUGCAGAGACACAUGACUCUUAGCCCCUCCCACAAAGAAUUCUUAGAGGAAGCUCUGACCAUGAUGGAACAGGGCCCUUCCUCUACCUCAGUAUGGGCGGCGUCCAAGGCCAAGGCUUACGCCUGUAAGAAGUGA